AUGCGUUGGGUCUCAGGUCUUCUUGUGGCGCUUGGCGUGACCGUCCACGCCCAAACGCUCGAUGCGGGCGUAUGCGCCAACGUCGUCCACAACUACGACUACCCCGGCAACGACAUUGCAAGCAUCAAGGUGUCGGGCACGGACCAGGCGCAGUAUUCGGCGUGCUGCGACGCGUGUGCCAACAAGGACGGCUGCGCUGGCUUUGUCGUCAACUCCAAGACAUGCUACAUGAAGAGCAAGAUGGUGCAGUCCGGCUACAAAGCCGGCCUCAUGUCGGGGACGUACUCGUUCACGUCCGAGACCUGCUCGAGUCUUAAGCGCGACAUCGACUACGCGGGCAACGACAUUCGGUCGCUCACUGUCAAGGGCAACGACCAAGCCCAAGCCGACCUUUGCUGCGACGCGUGCUCCAACACGAUCAGCUGCAUUGGCUGGGUCGUCAAUGGCAACACGUGCUACCUCAAGCACAAAAUGGUCUACUCUGGCGCCGACACGGGCUUGCUCUCGGGCAAGUACACGCAGCCCAAGAUCAAGUCUGAGACGUGCGGCAACCUCAUCCAGGACGUCGACUACAGUGGCAAUGACAUCCGAGACUUUGCGGUCAAGGGGUCACCGCAAGAUCAGACGAGCAAAUGCUGUGACGCGUGCUCCAAGCAGGACGGCUGUGUUGGCUUCGUGACACACAGCAACACAUGCUGGCUCAAGAAGGCGUGGGUCAAGUCGGGGACGAAGAUUGGUGCGAUGGCCGGUACCUUCACGGCGCCGCUUCCGACGUCCGACACGUGCUCGGCGAUCACACGUGGCACCGACUACCCUGGCAACGACAUCCGCAGCUUCACGGUCACGGGCUCGGACCAGGCCAGGGCCGACGCCUGCUGCGACGCAUGCACCAAGCAGAACGGCUGCGUCGGCUGGAUCACCCACAGCAACACGUGCUGGCUCAAGCGCAAGAUGGCUAACGCCAGCCCGCUCCCGACGGCGCUCGCUGGGACGUACGCUGCACCGCUCCCGACGUCCGACACCUGCUCGGCGAUCACACGUGGCACCGACUACCCCGGCAACGACAUCCGUAGCUUCACGGUCACGGGCUCGGACCAGGCCAGGGCCGACGCCUGCUGCGACGCAUGCACCAAGCAAAGCGGCUGCAGCAAGAUGGCUAACGCCAGCCCGCUCCCAACGGCGCUCGCUGGGACGUACGCUGCACCGCUCCCGACGUCCGACACCUGCUCGGCGAUCACACGUGGCACCGACUACCCCGGCAACGACAUCCGUAGCUUCACGGUCACGGGCUCGGACCAGGCCAGGGCCGACGCCUGCUGCGACGCAUGCACCAAGCAAAGCGGCUGCGUCGGCUGGAUCACCCACAGCAGCACCAGCACGUGCUGGCUCAAGAGCAAGAUGGCUAACGCCAGCCCGCUCCCGACCGGCGCUCGCCUGGGACCGUACGCUGCACCGCUCCCGACGUCCGACACCUGCUCGGCGAUCACACGUGGCACCGACUACCCCGGCAACGACAUCCGUAGCUUCGGUGUAUCUGGCACGGAGCAAGACCAGACCGACAAGUGCUGCACGGUGUGCUCCAACACCAUCAGCUGCGUCGGCUGGAUCGUCUACAGCAACACGUGUUGGCUCAAGCAUAAGCUGGGUGCGGCCAAUGCGCUUCCGACCGCACUCUCUGGCCAGUAUGUGCAGCCGGCAAUCUCGUCGGGCACCUGCGGCAACCUCGUUCAGGACGUCGACUACGCCUUCAACGACAUCAAGAACUUUGCCGUGACGGGCUCGCCGCAAGACCAGACCAACCAGUGCUGCGACGCAUGUUCGGCGCUCGACAGUUGUGCCGGCUUUGUCACCCACGCAAACCUGUGCUGGCUCAAGCACAAGAUGGUGCGGUCGGGCCCCAUGGUUGGCGCCAUGGCCGGCACGGCACCCCUCCAAGUGCCCACGUCGCAGGUCUGCGGCGCCGUCACCACCGGCGUCAACUACCCCGGCAACGACAUCGUGAGCUUUGCCAUCAACGGCACGCGCCAGGACCAGACCAACACGUGCUGUGAUGCGUGCACCAAGACCACGGGCUGCCUCGGUUUCGUGCUCCACGACAAGACAUGCUGGCUCAAGUCGGUCUUGACCAACCUCACGCCCUUGAGCAGCGCUGUCUCGGGCACGUUUGUGGCCGGUGGUUCGGCCCGGCGCGCGUGCUACGCCUAG